AACAGCCUGGCGGAAGUGACGGCGCUCGUGACGCCAUUUCCUGUUUGCGGCUGAGGAAGCCGCCGCUGUUCCUGUUGCCGUUGUCCUGGGCUGCUGGCGGGGAGGUCGCGGCCGCGCUGCGCAGGCACCGCAGCGGGAUUUGAAAGACCCACCUGUUGUAAACAAGACAUCUGCUGAACCAUGGUGGAUUACUAUGAAGUUCUGGGAGUGCAGAAGCAUGCCUCAGCAGAAGACAUUAAAAAAGCGUACCGUAAAUUGGCAUUAAAAUGGCACCCUGAUAAGAAUCCAGAAAAUAAAGAAGAAGCAGAGCAGCAAUUCAAACAAGUAGCUGAGGCCUACGAAGUUCUGUCAGAUGCUAAAAAACGUGACAUCUAUGACAGAUUUGGAAAAGAAGGCUUAAUAAAUGGAGGUGGAGGUGGCAGUCACCUUGAUAAUCCAUUUGAGUUUGGAUUUACAUUCCGUAACCCAAAUGAUGUCUUUAGGGAGUUUUUUGGUGGAAGGGACCCUUUUUCAUUUGAAUUCUUCGAAGAUCCUUUUGAUGACUUCUUCGGGGGCAGACGAGGUCCAAGGGGAAACAGAAGCAGAGCUGGCGGAUCAUUUUUCUCUACCUUUGGUGGAUUCCCUGCUUUUGGAAGUCCUUUUCCUUCAUUUGACACAGGUUUUACUUCAUUUGGUUCUCUGGGACAUGGAGGCCUUACUUCGUUCUCCUCUACGUCAUUUGGUGGUAGUGGGAUGGGAAACUUCAAAUCAGUAUCAACCUCAACUAAAAUAGUUAACGGCAGAAAAAUUACUACAAAGAGAAUUAUUGAGAAUGGACAAGAGAGAGUAGAAGUUGAAGAAGAUGGCCAGUUAAGGUCGCUAACAAUAAAUGGUGAGGCAAAUGAAGAAGCCUUUGCUGAGGAGUGCCGACGGAGAGGACAGCACGCCCUGCCCUUCCAGCCCACCAACACUCGCCUGCUGAAGCCACACAAGCCUGCCAGUUCCCCCAGAUAUGCCUAUCAUUACAAUAGCGAUGAGGUGGAAGAGCAAGAAAAAAGCCGGGUUGCAAGCAGCUUGGAGAACCCCUUUUAUUUAUCAGGAUACAAAGAAGGCAGCAAGAGGAGGAAGCAGAAGCAGAGAGAGGAACAGAAGAAGAAGAAGUCAACCAAAGGGAGUUACUAAAAUGGACAUCUCUGCUAUGCCAAUCCCUUUAUUAAAACGGCAACUUACGUUACAUUUGAGCACACCUCUUCUGUGUAUAUUUUUCAAUUGUUCACACUGCUAGUAAGGAAGUGACUCAUGUUUAAGACUGUACUAAAAUUGCACUAUAUUAUUCUUUUCAGUUUUCACGGAGUGGCUUUCUUGCCAGUCAGGUUAAGGAGUUUGGACGGGGCUGAUCGUGGUUAGAAGUGUGUUAUGUUUGAAGAUUGGAGGGUAUUACAGAAUCUUGUACCUCUUCCUUUCCUGGGACUGAAGUUCCCCUUGCCUAGAAUUAAUUUGUUUUGUGGGAUACAGAGGGUUGUGCAAACACCUGUUUGUUCAGUCACCCCCAGCAUCACCAGCAGGCUUGCUGGAAGAAGAGUAAAGCACCAAUCCUGUUCCCUCCAUCACUGGGGGUAGGACUGAGACGUGAGCUCUCUCAAAUGGUAAUUUAUGCAAACUUAAUAAAUGACUUCAAUGUUUUUUUCUUUUUAUCACCCAGGCAGGGCAGCAAAGGUUUGUCCCCGCUAUCGGAAUGAUCCUUCAUUUUAAAGUGUAUGAUGAAGUUGCAUCCUUUGGUUUUAACAAACUUGGCGUAAUUAUGGUCUGUAAGCACUCCUACUGAUUUCUGCAACUGUGGUUGACUCCCGAUGAAUCAUUUAGUGAAAUCAUUCCUUAUUUUAAAAUUUUGCUUUCAGAAACUAGAGACAAAUGACCUAAGUGCCACUUUACAACUGCUCUUCCUGCUGAGUAGAUUUUAGAUAAUGAACAUAUUUCAGAAUCCGUGUAAGAUUUUAUCAGGUUGUUUCUGCAAAGAACUCGCAUCUUUAUGUAUGAAAGCAUUCUGUGUCACUUUUAUUGCAGGACUUUUUUUUUUUUUAAUUUGAAAACGUGUCUUCAGUUUAAAGGAAAUCUGCAUUUUCUGGCUAGGUUACUUCCUUGCUUCCCAUAAUUCUCUCAUGUGCAUGAUAUAUUGCUUCCCUUAACCUUCUAGUUUGUACAAAGCCCUUCUGUUGCCUUAAGCAUUUACCUGCAUGUUUCUUGUCAAUAUGUUGCCUCUCUUAACCUCCAGGCGGGAGUUAGCAGCCCAUGGUUUUGUGUUGUUCCUUGUGUCUCCUCUCGCCAAUGCGCUGUUGAUGUAACAGACUUACACCUGGCAAUAUUGAAAGUCUGCAGUUCUUGGAGAAACUCACUCAUCCUAAUAGAGCAAUGCAUAUAAUGGUGUAAGGAAGGAGCUAAACAGAAAAAUCAAGUCUGCAUUUUAGCAUGGUUUGAUAUAACAAAUUCUGUGCCUGGUACUGAGCAGUUUAGCUUCAAAUACAUGACAUAAUGUAACCUUACGCAAACAUAUAACCAUAAAUGAACUGUUAGGGUGUUUAAAUUAAGCUCGAUAUGAAAUAAGCCUGAGUACCAGUUUUCUGUCACUUAAGUAUCACUUUUUCAUUUUGUGCAGUGUUACUAAUAUUUAAAAAUAAAGAAAAUUCUCCUUUA